AUGGCAACACCACAAGUUUCGUGUCUUGUUUGUCGAAGCGAUAUGACAUAUCAACAUUUUUCACUUUACUAUUUUGUUAUUCAACAAAGUUAUUUAGAAUGUUCCUAGAGAUAUUUUAUUAUGGAAAGUCAACAAACCGAAUAUGACAAGAACGGUUUGUUGCCUGACACUUUCUGGAGGACACCACAACGCGCGUACCCAGGGCGGCCUCGUCAGAGAGUUGGUCCAACAGAGGUUAUGUCUGGGUCAUCAUAUCAGCAGUUCCAGGCGUCUGUGAACGAUGCCUGGGACCUGGGAGACGACGAUAUAGUCUCCGGCAUCGCAGAAACUAAAAUAUCGAAAGCCAUAUCACAAACAGCGGCGUUAAACGUGAUAAAUUCUCAUAGGAAUAGUAGCAAAAAAAGUGAUGUGAAACAGGAUUGUGUAAAAUCGGAAGAAGUUAGUGACAAAAAGAAUGAGGUUAGAAAAGUGGGGAGUGGUUCUGGGGGGAGUUCUGGGCCUAUGCGUCACUAUCCUGGGAGGCCGAGGCCUGUCAAAGCGUCGGCUUUGGCGCCUCGUGAAGAAAGCAGCGAAUCCAAACUUGAGAGGUUCCAACAGGUGCACGAGAGUGCGGUCGUUGACCUGAAUGAACUGAAGCACCUAAGCUGGUCUGGAAUCCCUGUUAAGGCUCGCGCUAUAACUUGGCGCCUCCUGGCCGGCUACCUGCCGGCCAACACGGAGCGCCGCGCGGAGACCCUGGAGCGCAAGCGGGCGGACUACAAGCACUUGGUCAGACAAUACUAUGACGCGGAGAGAGAUGACGACACGUACAGACAGAUACACAUUGAUAUUCCAAGAAUGAGCCCGCUGGUCGCGCUGUUUCAGCAGACCACUGUACAGGUGAUGUUCGAACGUAUCCUCUACAUAUGGGCCAUCCGGCACCCGGCAUCAGGCUACGUCCAAGGCAUAAACGACCUGGUGACUCCCUUCUUCAUGGUCUUCCUCGGCGAGGCAGCCCCUGGAGAAGAACUGGACAACUUCCCGCUGGACAAGCUCACUGAACAACAGCGGGACAUCAUUGAAGCUGACUCGUUCUGGUGCCUGUCCAAGUUUCUGGAUAGUAUACAAGAUAAUUAUAUCUUCGCACAGCUGGGAAUCCAAUAUAAGGUGAACCAGCUAAAAGAACUGAUCCGCCGCAUCGACCUGCCUCUUCACGAGCACUUGCAAGUCCAUGGAGUCGACUACCUCCAAUUCUCAUUCCGUUGGAUGAACAACCUGCUAACCAGAGAGAUACCCUUAUCUUGUACCAUCCGCCUCUGGGACACCUACCUCGCGGAAUCGGACGGGUUCGCGACCUUCCAGCUAUACGUAUGUGCUGCUUUUCUACUCCAUUGGCGCGAAAGACUCAUGCUAGAAAAGGACUUCCAAGGUUUAAUGAUUCUACUUCAAAAUGUACCGACGAGAAAUUGGACCGAUUCGAAUAUAAGUGUGUUGGUGGCGGAGGCCUAUAGGCUCAAGUUUGCUUUCGCUGAUGCCCCAAACCAUUUGCACAACACGGCCAAGGGCGAUAGGUGAUGGUUACGUAGAUUUCUUAUUGACUUUUAAUAUUUAUGCAGGGUGUUUGAUAAUAUUUAUAUAUGGGUGCAAGGCUUGCUCAAGGUAGUACAGUCUGUUCAGAGCUGUUUGAGCAGUAUUUGUUAUAGAUUAAAUGCCACAAUUUUUGUCAGCCCAAGUCACACACUGGGACCAUUAUUCCCACUUCCCCGGACCCAAAAGAUAGCCACGGCACCCUUAUUUCAUAGACAUUUUUGUAUACGUGUAAAUAAGGUUAAAUAUGAAAAUGUAUGGUAAUGAUUUUUUUAUCUUGUAUCUUGUUAUAGUAAAUCAACCGUGAUACCGUGAUUAGCUUCUGUAGAAGAAAAACAUGAGGAAAUCUGUCAGUCAGAUAUUUCAUAUCACUUGAAAAAAUAGUGCAACAGUUUUAGCUUACUAUGAAUACACACGUAAUGAAGAAGCGAAUGGAGCGUGUGCAGUUUAUAAACUUUUAUAAAUAAAUCAUUCAUUCAUUCAAUCGCAUAAAGUGGUCUAAAACCAUGCUAAAGCUGAUAAAUUUGGUAUAAUAUACAUGUUUCAUUCUUAUAUGGCUUAAAUGGUUCUAAAUGGUCUGUAUUAGCUUAGGCUUAAAACUUGUGCACCCAUUCACCCAACGCCCUGUAUAUAUUUUGUUUGUUUAUAUAAAGAAAUAUGAUUUAUUCAAUUUUUAUUUGUAACUGAAAAUGUUUAAAUAUAUUAAAGUGUAUGUAGGUUUCGAUUUCACAAAAUAUUGGAGUGUUAGUGACCAACGAUAUGUUUGUUAGUCAGGGUAUAGCUCAUACAGUCUGAAGCAUAUAAACCUGGCCUCCCUUUGGUAAAUGGUAGUAAGUUUCGAAGCGGUGGUGGUGUAAUGGUUAAGACGCCCGCCUGUGUAUCGUAAGGUCUCAAGUUCGUAUCCUACUCGUGCCAUAUGAGUUUAUAUACCAAUCUAACUCUUUAUAUAGUAGACCACCACAUGCUUCCGGUGAAGGAAAACAUCGUGAGGAAACCUGCACACUGGUGGACAGUUUAGUUCACUAGUGUGUAUGCGACUACCUGCCACUAGAUGGCGGUAAGUAGGUAAAAGUCAUGUCAGAUGCCUUUAGGCGACUUGAAUAAAAUCUAACACCAGUGUGUUAGCAAUAACACACUCGAUAUGAUGAUGAUGACUUCAGAGUGCACCGAGCGCAUUGAAAUGAAAGCGCAAAAAUGAUGAAUUUUUAUCAUUUUUUUUUAUAAAAGCAAAUUGUAAUAAUCUAGCUUGGACAAUUUAUGCUACACUAUAUAAAAGACUUUAUUAAAAAGUAAUAUAGUUUUAGUAAUUGUACAACAUCAAAAUCAAAUCAUUUAUUCAGAAAUUAGGCCUUCACAGGCACUUUUUCACGUCAUAUUCUAAAUGAUGUUUAUCAAAGCUACAAACUACUAGCAUUUCGGAACGACUACUGCUUAGAAGAAAUGCCGAAAGAAACUCAUUCAAACAGUGUUGGUCCCUAUUAUGCCAGAAGGGCUUGCCAUUUUUUAAAUAUAAAUUUAUGUACAAUUUUUUACAAUACGACGUAGUCACAAUUUACUAAACAGACUUUAGUGGCCACCGUUUUCCGUUCAGUAGAUUGUGGCAACUGUGUCCAAUAUAAAACUACAAUACUUUUUAAUGCAGUCCUUUGUCUACGGAAGCAUAAUAAGUCCAGACUCAAGUGUGAUUUGUCCUAAUAUAUUUAUUUUUAUUUUAUAAAAAUAUGGUGACGUUAGUGUGCGCUCAGUACACUUUUAGCAGGAUGUCAGGUAUACACUAUACUAUACACGUCCCCGAUUAUACACUAACCACUGCUCACUACCUACUACCACAAAAUACGAACCACUAAGUAGGCUAGCUCUAAAAACUAUUUUGGUAAUUACGAAAAUGCAAUGCUUAUUUAACAAAAUCAUUAUUAUUUGUUAGUUUUGUUUUUAUCUUUUCAUCAUUCAUAUAUACUUUAAGAAAUUUUAAAUAAUGGAUCAAGUAUCAUACUGUUGCAUUAUAUAUAUGUUUGGAUUUUUCGAUUUUUAAAUACAUUGUUAAUGGGGCGCUAUUAACGCUGACAACAACUUCGCCGAUCUGUUAUUGAUAGUUCCAUAUAUUCUCACUGGAAUUUCGUAGCACGGUUUCUAAGUAAUGUAAAAAAUAUCAUCUAAUUUGAAUAGAAAAAUUUUCAGCUCCAAGCCGUCGCCGAACUCGGACACAUGCCGUGCAUUGCGUAUUUAGUAUGACUGCUUUUAUAUGCCGCAAUGAAAAACCAGCAAUGUAUACCGAAUCCGCAAACUGAUCGACGACAGUGUGGUGCUGGCAUUAAGUUUUAUUUAUGUUAAUUUGCAAUAAAGGCCUAAUAUUAAGAGGAUUUUAUAUAUUACUAACUUUCUGUAUAUCGGUUAUAAACUUGUGCUGCCAUCUAUAGAUUAAGUUUAGUUUGUGUUGUGACUAAAUUAUUAUUUAGAUAUUUUACAAAAGGUGGGAUUUCAACAUGUAUUGAUUAAAAUUUGCAGAACCAAGCGACUAAAUAAAAAAUAAAAAAUAAAAAUAUUUUUCAACAGUCGCGACGCCCAUAUAUUUAAACGUGAUAGAAUUCGCCGCAACGGGCGCUUGUGUAGAGAAAGGUCCACUUUUUUGUGUGUUUUGAGUUUAGAUGCCAGCUAUAGUAACAUGAACUAAAGUCAUGGCAAGCGAAUUGGAAGCUAUGACAAUAUGUGUGUGGUAUGUUAUCUCUACAAUCUCACUCGACAAGGGGCGCCAAAUAUUGACCGAAGAAACCUGCGUUACACUCUUCUUUAUAUCUGUUGUUUGAUAGAUGGCAGUUUAAGCAGCCAUGGCGAUUCCAUCAAUGAUUUCAUGUAAAUUUUUUGUUCCGUUAUGUUGUCUAUAAUAUAGCACUAUUGUAUACAUA